AGUAGUAAACAACCUCAUCACAAGCUACAGCAAUACACAGCAGUAUAUACAAAGACAAUGUCGGAAUAUUCGGGUUCAUCAUCGGAAGACUUGUCUCUACCAAAGGCGACAGUCCAAAAAAUUAUAAGCGAAAUAUUGCCCAAAGAUAUCGCAAUUUCAAAAGAUGCAAGAGAAGCGAUAACUGAGUGCAGUAUUGAAUUCAUAAUGAUAUUGUCAACUCAAUCGAAUGAUAUUGCAGAAAAGGAAGCAAAGAAAACCAUCGCACAUGAACACGUAGUAAAAGCGUUGGAGGAAUUAGAUUUCCACAAUUAUCUCGAAAUUAUCAAUAAGAUUAUCAGUGAACAUAAAGAAUUAUUAAAAGGUAAAGAAAAGAAGAACAAUAAGUUUCAAAACUCUGGAUUAUCAGAAGAAGAAUUGUUAAGACAACAAGAAGAAUUAUUUAAGAAAUCAAGAGACCGUUUGAACAGUCAAGUUAAGACUGAAUAAAUAAAAAACCUAAUGACGUAAUGAUUGGCUUUUCUACUGGCGUUUCACUGGAUACUUUUAUUUCUUCGUGUGUGUGUUUUAUAGAUGUAUUCUUUUGUAUAUUAACUGAUGUAUACUACCACUACCCCAAUAUUAAUUCAUAUAAUAUAAUGAAAAUAUUUAACACAAUUAAAGGUAUUCUCAUCAAUGUUCUCGUAGCAUUUAUCAAAUUAAUGAUUUUAUUCUUUAUUGAACCUUCGUCGUUCACAGCUAUGCCAGUGUUGAACUGAUUGAAUUGUAUAUUGGCUUGCUGGUCAUAUCGUCUUGAUCCCCAUCCAAUUCUAUUUAGAAAUCUUUCUUCACUCAAUACAGCAAUCCCGUUGAUUGUCAAUACAACAACAUAAAGUAAUUUACCUAAUCCAAACAUGGUUAGCUUCUAUAAGUAGGGGGGGUUCUAAGUAAUGCAGUAGUUUGUAACACG